UUUCUUUUAGCCCCCCACUUCUCAUCAAAUUGAGGUCAUCUCAGUUAUACUAACUUGCAAAGAUGGCUUCUAAGUUUCUUCUUCUUAUGCUUUUUAGUGCUCUUGUUUGCACCGCCACUGCUGCUAGGAGGCUUGUGAGCCAGAAGGGUUCUUCUGAGGAUGAGAAAACGUUCUUUUUUGACCCCGGGUAUGAUGGAGGGCUAGGUGGUGGAGGUGGCGGCGGCUUUGGAGGAGGAGGUGGUGGUGGGUUGGAUGGGGGGGCCGGCUUUGGUGGAGGUUCUGGAUUUGGAGCAGGAGGUGGGCUUGGUGGAGGUGGCGGUGGAGGGUUCGGCGGCGGUGGUGGUGGAGGACUAGGUGGUGGGUCUGGGUUCGGUGGUGGGGCUGGGGCUGGUUUUGGAGGUGGGACUGGGGUUGGUGGGGGAGCCGGAGGAGGUGGCGGUGGAGGCUUCGGUGGUGGUGGUGGAGGAGGCGGACUUGGUGGAGGAGCUGGUGCCGGCUUCGGUGGAGGAGCUGGUGGUGGACUUGGAGGUGGAUUUCCUUGA